AUGACUCAAUCCUCAGACAAUGCCGCUCAUAAUGGCACAACUCCACCUAAGCAAGCCCAUUCUUUCUCCGAGAACCCGCCUACCAGUCAUGCUACAGAUAGCCAGAGCCUUAGAGAAUAUCGUCUUGAUAGAUUUAAAAAUGAACCUAACAGUGUACCCCUCGCGAGUGUCCAGCCUGAUGCUCCCGACAAGGCCCAAGAAACGCGCCGAACAAACCUUGCCGCCGAUUUAAAUACUAUCCUCAGCGAGUUCGAUAAGUCCAGUCUGGCCAAAUAA